AUGUCGAACAAGAUUAUCAUCAAGCUCUUGACAAGUUCUUCAUGUCGCCAGCUACUCAGGCGGCCGACAGUCCAGAACUCAUGGAUUGAAGCGAAACAAUUCGCAUCAGAAGGCAAACGAGGAAAACGUAAAUUCGUUGAAGCCGCCAUCGUGAAGAGCACAAAAAGCACCAAACAGACAGUUGAUGUUUGGAAAACAAUGAGCCCAUCAGAUCUCGCUUCUGCACUUUCCGUGGAUUUGAGCGAGAUUACCGAAAUUCUAGAGAACAUCGAUCGACGCAACGUUGAUGCGAUCAUCGCAGACUCCUCGCUUGAUGAUGUUUCAAUUUUGCAGGUAAGAACUCGAUUAAAACCUUUCGAAUUACUAAAUUUUCAGACAGCAGCUGCACUCUCCUUUAAGCCACGUUUUGUGAAUGGACCGCCGAAAAGAGUCGAGCAAGAAGAUGCAGACCUUCGUCCACAACCAGACGCAUCUCCGAAAGAUUUGGAACGACGACCUCCAAUCGUCACCAUCAUGGGGCACGUUGAUCAUGGAAAAACAACACUGCUAGAUGCCCUACGUAAUUCGCAGAUCGCAGCAGGAGAAUUCGGUGGAAUCACACAACACAUUGGAGCAUUCUCUGUGGAGUUAACAAAAGGAAGACGGGUGACGUUCCUGGACACACCGGGACAUGCUGCAUUCGCCUCAAUGAGAGCUCGUGGAGCGAAAGGCGCGGACAUCGUGGUUCUUGUGGUGGCUGCCGAUGAUGGAGUCAAAGAGCAGACUGCACAAUCGAUCAAAUUUGCAAAAGACGCCAAUGUUCAGCUUGUAGUGGCAGUCAACAAGAUCGACAAGCCGAAUGCUGAUCCAAUGAGAGCUAUGAGAUCUCUACUAGAACAUGAUGUCGUCGUUGAACAACUCGGAGGAGAUAUUCAAUGUGUAGAAGUCUCAGCGUUGCAGUCAAGAAAUCUACCAGCUCUUCAAGAUGCUCUCCUUUUACAAGCAGAUGUAAUGGAUCUCAAAGCCACGAAAAAUGGAAAAUCUGAGGCUGUCGUCAUUGAAUCAUCGGUUGUUCAUGGAAUUGGAAAGGUUUGCACACUGGUUGUAUCUCGAGGAACACUGAAGAAAGGGUGUAUCCUAGUAGCUGGAAAUUCUUGGUGUCGUGUGAAAACAAUGCACGAUGAGAACGGAAAAAUUGUGAUGGAAGCGACGCCAUCGCAACCAGUACGUGUUUCCGGUUGGAAAGACGAUCUUCCAACUCCUGGAGAUCUUGUUCUCGAGGCGGAAACAGUCGAUCGUGCGCAAAAAGUGGUGAAUCUCAGAAUCGAUAAAGUAAUGCGUGAGAAAGCCGACAAAGAUUGGGAAGAAACGAGGGAUCAGAGAGACAAAGCAAGAGAAACGUACCUUAGCAACCGGCAGAAAUUGCUGGAUCGAGGACAGCGCUUUGGUUCAACGCUCAGGAACAUUGUUCAUAGAAAUCAACGAAUUGAGAAAGAUGUGGAAGAUGGAUCACCGAAGUUCCGUCUUAUUGUGAGUCGUUUAGAGUCGGGGGUGGAGGUCCGGGACAGAAUUAAAAUAAUUCGAACUGACGUCGAAGGAACUCUUGAAGCGAUUCUCGAGAUCUUGAAUACCUACAAAAGUGAGCAGUGCAAGCUACAAUUGGUUGAUUUCGAGGUCGGCCCGCCAACCGAAAAAGACAUCGAGCUGGCAAAAGAGACCGGCGCCACACUCUAUACAUUCAACGUGGAGACUCCGGCGAAAAUGAAACAACGCGCCGAUGCAGCCGGAAUUCAAAUCGACUCGUUCAAUGUGAUCUAUAGAAUGGUCGAAGCUCUGAAAGGAGAACUGUCGGCUCGUUUGCCCAAGCAAACUGAACUUCAUCUAGUUGGAGAGGGACAUGUGCUUAAGGAGUUUAUGAUUUCGGAUAGAGGAAGAAAACGACAACCGAUUGCUGGAACACUUGUGAAUUGGGGAAAUUUCGAUAGAAAUUGUGUCUACAAAUUCACCCGUGGAAAUCAAGUCAUUUAUGAGGGAGAGAUCGAAACAAUGAAAGCAGGGAUGGAAGUGGUAUCGAAUGCAAAAACGAACACUGAAGUCGGUCUGGCGCUUUCCGAUAAAAACAUUCGUUUCAAAGAAGACGAUCAGGUGGAAGCCUAUGAGAAGCGCACGAUCAUCCAGGAGAUCGACUGGUAUCCUCCCGGUUUUUAG